UUUUCGACGCUGACGUCGUCACUCUGUUCAGUUCGCGUCCGGACCUCGGAGGUGGAGGUUGCUGUCCUCUUAGGUCGAUCGAGACGAGACUCCCGCCGCCUUGGGUCUCCGGUCUGAGAGGAAGGUGUCCGCUAGGCUUUUCUCUCGUCGCCUUUGCGAACACGUCAUCGGUUUAAGUUCCUCGACGCCGUCGCGUUUGCGGAAGGAGCCCGAUCCCGAGAAGGAAGUCAUGUCCUCGGCCGCCGUGUCCAAGUACGUGAACGAUAUGUGGCCCGGCUCUCCGCAGGAGAAGGCGUCGCCGUCCACCUCGGGCUCGGGCCGCUCCAGCCGCCUGUCGUCGCGCUCCCGCAGCCGCUCCUCGUCCCGCAGCUCCGGACCCGGCUCCCGCAGCUCCAGCCGCUCGUCGUCGCGCAGCCACAGCCGGCCGCGGCGGAGCAGGCGGUCGCGGUCGCGGUCGCGGUCCCGCCGGCGCCAUCAGCGCAAGUACAGGCGCUACUCGCGGUCGUACUCACGCAGCCGCUCCCGCUCCCGCGGCCGCCGCCACCACCGCGACAGCGGUUACUACGGGCGGCCGCGGAGGUACUACCAGUCGCCGUCGCCCUACCGCUCCCGGAGCAGGUCGCGCUCCCGCGGGAGGUCGUAUCACCGGAGGUCGUACUACGCGAUCACGCGCGGGCGGCGCUACUACGGCUUCGGCCGCACGGUGUACCCCGAGGAUCGCCCCAGGUGGAGGUCCAGAAGCAGGUCGCGCAGCAGGAGCAGGACCCCCUUUCGCUUAACUGAGAAAGAUCGAAUGGAGCUGCUAGAAAUAGCAAAAGCCAAUGCAGCAAAGGCUCUCGGAACAGCCAACUUUGACUUGCCCGCCAGUCUCCGAACUGUAGCCAAGGAAACAAGCCAGGGGGCAGCUGUUUCUAGCAGUGGCGCAAAGAUGGAGCAUUCAGCAAAGCAAACUGAAGAUGGAGAUAAAAAUCCCAGUGAGAAAUCUUCUGCACAGAGAAACAUAGCCUUCAGCUCCAAUAAUUCCAUAGCAAAGCCAUUACAGAAAACAGCUAAAGCUGCUGCUGAAGAGACAUCAUCAGGAUCACCAAAAAUAGAUAAGAAAAAAAGUCCUUAUGGACUCUGGAUACCCGUUUAAAGGAAAACUGGGGCUGGGGUUGCCUAAAACUGCACUUUACUGAGUUCCUGUCCUCCAGCAUUAGCCUACCUGCUUGAGUCUCUCGGCAGUAUAUGUGACUAAAAUCCAGAAAGAUGCUUAAUGGUGACAUAUUCACAGUUGAGGUUUCUCUUGAAGAUAAGAACACAGACCGACCAGAGAAUUGCAUACAGAUGGGAGUCUUAUAUAUACUUGUAAGUAUUGUAUAGUAUUGCAUAUAUAUGAGGGUGAAUUUUUUGUAAGACACAGUUGAGUACUGUGUAUUUUGUAUAUUUAUUUGUUAAUAAACUUUGUAUUAUUUGUCUUUA